AUGAUAACCAAAGCCACGGAGAACUUGAUGUUCGCAGUGUCCAAUUUUUCGAAGGAACAACGUAUCGCUCUUUCACAGAAUAAACACGACUUUAUUGAGAUGUGCUCAUUCGACGGCCGUGAGUGCAAUAUAGAGAAGUGGGUCGAACGAUUACGCUUGGAUAUAGAUUUUCGAAUCCAUGUGGAUCCACAAUUCGGCAACUGUUUCACAUUCAAUUACGAUGUAAACAACAACUACACAAGCAGACGCGCAGGUCCUAUGUAUGGUAGGUCUAAUACAAGUGUCACUCUUCCUAUGGUACCGCAUUUUUAG